ACCUAGAGGCAGCACAUGUCCAACAGCAGCUCCAUCAGCGAGUUCCUCCUCCUGCCAUUCGCAGACAUGCGGGAGCUGCAGCUCCUGCACUUCGCGCUCUUCCUGGGCAUCUACCUGGCUGCCCUCCUGGGCAACGGCCUCAUCCUCACCGCCGUAGCCUACGACCACCGCCUCCACACCCCCAUGUACUUCUUCCUCCUCAACCUCGCCCUCCUCGACCUGGGCUGCAUAUCCACCACUCUCCCCAAAGCCAUGGCCAAUUCCCUCUGGGACACCAGGGCUAUUUCCUACUCGGGAUGUGUUGCCCAGGUCUUUCUUCUCCUACUCUUCCUUGCAGCAGAAUAUUUUCUUCUCACUGUCAUGUCCUACGACCGCUAUGUAGCCAUCUGCAAGCCCCUGCACUAUGGGAGCCUCCUGGGCAGCAGAGCUUGUGCCCAGAUGGCAGCUGCUGCCUGGGGCAGUGGGGUUCUCUAUGCUCUGCUGCACACUGCCAAUAUAUUUUUAAUACCUCUUUGCCGAGGCAAUACUGUGGACCAGUUCUUCUGUGAAAUCCCUCAGAUCCUCAAACUCUCUUGCUUGGAAUCAGACUACCUCAGGGAAGUUGCUCUUGUUUUUAUUGGUGACUGUUUGGUAUUUGGGUGUUUUGUUUUCAUUCUUGUCUCCUAUGUGCAGAUUUUUAGGGUUGUGCUGAGGAUGCCCUCUGAGCAGGGCCGGCACAAAGCCUUUUCCAUGUGCCUCCCUCACCUGGCUGUGGUCUCCUUGUUUCUCAGCACAGCCAUGUUUGCCUGCCUGAAGCCCCCCUCCAUCUCUUCUCCAUCCCUGGACCUGGUGGUAGCAGUUCUGUACUCCGUGAUGCCUCCAACACUGAACCCCUUCAUCUACAGCAUAAAGAACCAGGAGCUCAAGCGUGACAUUAGGAAAGUGAUUUUAUGGAUAUUUCUCAAUAGUGAUAAAUUUCCCUUCUUUUUCCAGAAAUGA